CUCUUCCCCCAGUCACAUUAGCCUGCUGUCCUGCUAACCCUUAGCUGUAUCCUGUAAAAGAAAAAAAAAAGACGUAUGCUUCUAGCAGUCAUUUUUUAAUUAUUAUUUUCCACGUCUGAUCUAUUUGUAUAUCCACCCAGAUCCUCAGUAGAAGAAAGAUAAUAAAAACACUUGUCAUGAUUUAUGAAUGAACGUGUCCGCCUGAUUGGAUUGUGCAGGAUCUGCAAGAGGAUACUCCUGGCUCAGUGUGGCUCCAAAGAACAACAGUCAGAGAGAGAGAGAGAGCGCACAGGAACAAUUCUCCUAUGUGUGUGCAUUACAGGGAGUGAGUGCAGAGAGGGCUGGGCUUGUCUCUCGGUGCUAGGAGAUCUUUACUGCAGCGAGCUGUAAUAAGGGACAGCUGAAGCACCUGGAGGGAAUCUGUAUGACUAUAGGAAAGAUGUCAUGGCAGCCUCAAUAUCGAAGCUCAAAGUAUCGCCAUGUCUUCGGUAAACCUGCAAGUAAGGAGAGCUGCUAUGACUGUGUCCCUAUCACAAGGAGCGUACACGACAACCAUUUCUGUGCUGUAAAUCCAAAUUUUAUUGCUGUGGUGACGGAAUGUGCCGGUGGCGGAGCUUUCCUGGUUAUACCACUACAACAGACAGGAAAGUUAGAUGCUCAUUAUCCAAAGGUUUGUGGCCAUCGAGGGAAUGUGCUUGACAUCAAGUGGAACCCCUUUGAUGAUUUUGUAAUAGCGUCCUGUUCUGAAGAUGCGUCUGUAAAGAUUUGGGAUAUCCCAAAACAGUUUUUAACGAAGAGCUUGACAAAUGCAAGAAAGGAGCUGUUGGGCCACUCGAGAAGGGUUGGGCUUAUUGAAUGGCAUCCAACAGCGAACAAUAUCCUUUUAAGCACUGCAUACGAUUAUAAGAUAAUGAUAUGGAAUCUUGACAACGACGAGCCUGUAAUUUAUAGUCCAGUGAGGACAAUUGACUGUCACAAAGAUGUGAUUGUCUCUAUGUCAUUUAACACAGAUGGGAGUCUUCUGGCCACGUCUUGUAAAGACAGAAAAAUAAGGAUCAUCGACCCUCGUCAAGGAAUUGUUGUUCAGGAGUCAAACUCCAAGUCCCACAAAGCCAGCAAAGUUUUGUUUCUGGGAAACAUCAAUAGGCUUGUAUCUACAGGGACAUCCAGGUGGAAUAACAGACAAAUUGCACUAUGGGAUCAAGACGAUCUGUCUGUGCCUUUACAUCAAGAAGAUUUGGAUGGAUCUUCAGGUCUUCUUUUCCCCUUUUUUGACUCAGAUACAAACAUGCUGUAUGUGGUAGGAAAGGGAGAUGGGAAUAUUCGAUAUUAUGAAGUCAGUCCUCAAAAGCCUUUUUUGCACUACUUGAAUGAGUACCGAUCCUAUUUGCCUCAAAAAGGGAUUGGUGUUAUGCCAAAGAGAGGUAUCGAUGUAUCAUCUUGUGAAGUUUUUAGGUUCUUCAAGUUAGUUACCAUAAAAAGUCUUAUUGAGCCAGUUUCUAUGAUAGUGCCUAGACGGUCAGAAUCGUACCAGGAGGACAUUUAUCCAAUGACAGCUGGAACCCAGCCAUCCCUUACUGCAAAUGAAUGGUUAAUCGGACUUAAUAGAGGUCCUAUUUUAAUAUCACUGAGACCAGGUUCAAAACAUUCAACUGGCACUUCUAUCUCACAAGCGGAACUUUAUGAAGCGGAAACCAAAGUUGUCACUAAAGAGCCAAAACAUGCGCUUGAAGAAAAGCCAAAAACAAAGACACUGUGGGAAAUUGAAUACAAAACAGAGAUUAUAAGAGAAGAAAGGGGCACAAAACGAAUAUCUGGAGCUGCACAAGAGACAAAGACACCUUUAAUAUCUAAUGGCUUUGACCGGUUUGAAUGUGCGCCACCUAAAACUGAAAAUGAGCUUUUACAGAUGUUCUACAAACAACAAGAAGAAAUUCGCAGAUUGCGGGAUCAGCUGAGCCAAAGGGACAUUCAGAUUCGGCAACUUGAACUGGAAAUCAAGAACGUGCGCAACAGUGCAGCCAGCUAUUGACUAUCCUGUACCCACAGCCACUGGAAUGUAACCAUCAAAUGAAAAAGCCUCACAGAGCAACCACUACUUUUAUUUUUAUGUUAAAAAAAAAAAUCAGAAAUGUAGCAGCGCUGAAAGGUGCACAUACUCUGUAUCUUUUAUCUGUGUUUUAAUUUUUGUAAUUGUGUGUUGGAAAGCAGUAAUCAUUGCUUGUUGUUUAGCACUGGCUUUAGAAAUGAUGGAGGGUAAAACAAUUGGCUCAUUACUUGCCUUAAGUGGGCCACAAAAUAGUUCUUAUUAGGAUGACCUCCACUUUGGGCUCUAGUAUGAAGAAGUAGGUCAGCUAUUUAUGCUGAGAACUUGCACUUUUCAACAGGCAUUCUUUACAUUUUUUAAUAUGAAUUGGAUAUUGAUAAAUGUAAAAACUGUAUAUCCCUGUAAAUGUCCUUGCAAUCAGAUAGUCAUGGAAUGUGAGUGCAACUCAAUAUAAAUGUAUUAAAUCACUUGCAGACAUAGUCUCUAGUCAUUUCCCACCAAGCUUUGCAGUAUAAGGUCCUCUAGUAUUUUUCCUUGGAUCAUCAGUCACAUUGAAGAGUGAUUGUAGCAUGAAUGCAGAAAACUGCAUAACAAGAUAUCAUUUAGAAUUAGUAUCACAGGUUAUACUGUAUAACAUAGUAAUAGCAGGGUUUGAGGGUUACAUAGAAGUGCAAGACAGAGCCCUAAGGAAUGAGAAUUAGAGACUUGUUUAAGAGAGGGGCCUUGGUUACAAAUGCUGCUCAUCUUACCCUUUUUUAUGGCACUGAAUUAAAAUGUAUAUUAAUUGUUUUGAUCAUCUCAAAUAGUUUUAACUCCUUAUGUCCCCUUUCCUUCUUUGCACUAUAAUAAUUGCUGCAGUAAAGCAGAUCUGAUCUCUUCCUUUCUAUGGUAAUAUUUAAACACCUUGCAUUAAGUGUCUUGUAGUUGACCAAUCGGACAUCAUCUCAAAAACAUGCUGCAUAAAAAAAGAGAGAUCUAAAGCGUAUAUGACCUUUUUAGCCAAGCAUCUCUUUGUGCUAUAAAAUAUAUCUUCCUUAAAAUGAUCAUUUACAAAUCUCACAGAUUUUUUCAGCAAUGAAAAUGUAAUAAGAUCUGAGCCAUCACUUAUGUAGAUCUCUGAUCAGCAAGACAACUGUACAACCAUUAUAGUAAUUGCAGUGUCUAUAUCCAAAUCUGCAGCCACACUCCUGAUACUCAAAUUGGUUUUGGUUUAAUAAUGAAGUGGGCACAUACAUCUAAGUCUCAGGCAAAUGAUAGGUGCUAGAUUCCAUUCUAAAUAUAGCAGGUGUAAAGUGAACUUUUAGUAAUGAGGUGUAUAGCGAUUUUAGUGGAAUCUGAGUUUGUCUAUUUUUAUUUUUUUUAAAUCUGCUACUGUAUAAUCAUGUUGGCAAGAACCUAAUGACACAGGGUAGUCAGCAAAGUAAAAGGAAUUUGACAAAUUAUGAUUAAUAUAUAACAUAUUAAUAACUCUAUGGACCAUGAAAUGUAAAUACACUGGAUUUCGGUAAGCAUUAGCUAUUACCAUGCCUUAAAUCCUAGGAGACUAGCUUGUCUUGGUUUCUAAAAUUCCACUUCUGACUUCUAAAUAUUUUUUAAAAAGGAUAAUGUAUCUCAAUGAAUGUAAAUUCUCCACGUCUUAUAUAUAUAUAUAUAUAUAUAUAUAUAUAUAUAUAUAUAUAUAUAUAUCAUGCUCAUUUGUUUUAUAAAAUGUAUUUUAUUUCCCUGCCUUAAUAAUCUUAUUACUGGAAAUUACAGGCUUCUGUGAAACCUGGUGAUGUGUCAUAUUUUAAACCUUGCUUGCACAAUCUGAUUAGAUUAUAAACAUGAUUGUAAUCCAGCCAAAAUUCUCUGUAACAAAAAAACAUUUUAUAUAUUUGUCAGUCUGUUUAGUUAACUCAUUAUUGCAUUGUACAUAUUUUUAAAAUGUUUCUGUGUUAACUAUAACAAGCAAAUAAGAUUCAGCUAGCUAUGCUUAUUGAUAAAAAAAAAAAGGUUUUAUAUAAUCCAUUUUUAUGAAUCAUAAAUAUACAUCCACCCACAAUUAAUGAAUUUGUCUGUAUAAAUACAUAUGUUCAUGGAUUAGUUGGAAUAUCAGUUUGUAGGUUGCUAGCCAAUUUUAAACUUUAGCGAUGAAUUAUCACUUGAGUUACCAUUGUUUUGCUAAAGAUGUACAUUUAAGAUAAAAAAAAAAACAAUUCUUACUAUGCAUGUUAUUUGUAAAGAAAAGAUGUAUUUCAUAGAGUGUCUUAAAGCAUUACAGGUAUAAAGUUACUGACGUUGGUUUGCCUUUUACUAGUAUAAGGAACAUUGAGGUUCAUGAAACAGACGGGACCAAUCACAUUAGGGUUGGUAAAGUAAAGUCUUUCUCCAAGAAACCUGUUGUGCACUUCAGAUUUCUGUACUUUAUGCUGCCAUUCACAUACAAUAUCUUAAGUAGGUUUUAAUGAUACAUAAAAGCUUUUUUUCUCACUAUAUUGAAUGAGCCUCACUUUGUGUAUAUAAACUCUUAUGACCAUGCUCCAAUAGAAACAGUUUUUUGUUAGUUUUUUUUUUUUUGUGGCUUAAACUACAAUCAAUACUUACAAAGGAUUAUUUUCACCUUGAAUAAUGUAGUUAUUAAAUUAUUCAUAAUCUAUAUAAAAUGAAAAGAAUAAAUGUGUUAAAAUUAUGCUAUAAUGUAUAUUAAGAUUAAUUUAAAAGUUAAAAAAAAAUACAUGUACAUGCCAAUUAUAACUGUUCUUUUUUAUACGAUAAUUACUUGAAGAUAACGCUUUCAUUGUUUACGAUAUAACCUUUCUGAGAACAAAGCAUAUGUAAGCACUUGUCUAUAUUUGGAAUUCUUAUGUAUAAGCAAAUAAUAUAGUCAACAAAAUAUACUUUGACAAAUGUUUUUGCAUAUGGGAUUAUACCAAGAAUUUGGGCUUUUUUGUCUUUAAUACAUAGUGCCUGUCAUCUGAAUAUACGUUUGUUAAAUGUUAUGUUUAUUUGUAAAAGCAAAGAAGAAAGUAUAAUAAAAUACAAUACAUUUUGUGAA